AUGGGAAAAUUCGAGUGCAAGCCAUCACUGCUACGGGUGGCGGGAUAUGGUAAAAUUCGAGUGCAAGCCAUCACUGCUAUUGGAGCUGCAAUCCAAUUGAAGUUGUUACAAGGAGAAUACAAAGUGCAAAUAAGCAACACCUCUGAGCCCACAUCACAAACAAGCAUGGAGCGACAUACAAAUGCAAAUACUUUUAGGUCAUUGCAACCUCGAGCAAAAGAAAGAGUAAAAAUAUUAUGGUCUUCGCGACCUUACAAAAGACAAUCAUACAUGAGCAAUUGUUUAUACGGUCAUUUAGACCUUACACGACUUCAAAAUAAUCAAACUACUGAAUUCACUCCCAAAACCUCGGUGAGCAACGAGCCAACGGGGGAAGGUAGAUUGAGCUACGACUGCGAGUUGCAAAUUGCAAGACGGCGUGAGCUGUGGGCUACGAAAAAUGUGAGCUGCAAGCUGAUAAUAAAGCCUUGA